GCCUGGUUUGGUGUAGUGGGCAGUGGUAGCAGCAGUGGUAGCAGGGCCCUCCCUCUGUCUCUGCAGAUAAAUACUCGCAGCCUGCCUAUUCCCAGGCAUGGAUGACGGUUGCACUCAGACAUGGCACUGCGACAUUAUACUCUCGACUUCAAGCUCUCUACGGCAGUUGACUCUGCUUCGACAGUUCCCGCUCUACUGUCCAUAUUUCAUGAGCAGGAAAUGACAGAGACUAUCCACGAAACAAAUGGGAAUGGAUACCUUACUUCCUUUAUUACUUCAUUUCUCAGGCUUGCUAUUCUGCGUGUGCACUCCCAUGGGUUGAUCACCGUUGAUCUGCAGUGUUAUGAAGAGGAUAACAUUGCACAAGUAGACAAUCUUUUAAAUGCACUGGAAACAAAGCUAAAGGAGAUCUUAAAUGGCAAUAUCACAAGGAUUAAAAGGCUCCCAGCCCUCGUACGAGGAGCCGAGGUUGACAGAUACUGGCCGACAACUGACGGCAGACUGGUUGAGUAUGACAUGGACCAGGUGGUGUAUGAAGAAGACUCUCCAUACCAAAACAUAAAGAUAUUGCACUCACAGCAGUAUGGAAAUGUCCUAAUACUGGAUGACGACUUAAACCUGGCAGAGAGUGAUUUGGCGUACACCCAAGCCAUCAUGGGUAACGGAAGAGAGAAUUAUGCUGGAAAAGAGGUGCUGAUAUUAGGAGGAGGUGAUGGAGGCAUCCUUUUUGAGAUGGUCAAACAAAAGCCAAAGAUGAUCACCAUGUUGGAUAUUGACCAGAAGGUGAUAGACGCGUGCAAAAAGCACAUGAGAGGAACUUGCGGCAACGUCCUUGACAACCUGAAGGGAGACUGUUACCAAGUACUAGUUGAAGACUGUGUCCCUGUGCUGAAGAAAUAUGUCCAGGAGGGGAAGGUGUUUGAUUACAUAAUUAAUGACCUGACUGCAAUCCCAAUUUCCACAGAGCCAGAAGAAGACUCAACGUGGGAGUUCCUGCGUCUCAUUUUAGAUCUGUCAAUAAAAGUCCUGCAUCCCUCGGGGAAAUAUUUAACACAGGGUAACGCCGAGACCAUGACAGAAGCACUGCGCCUGUACGAGGAACAGCUGAGGAAGCUCUCGUGUCCCGUAGGGUUCUCCAAAGAGGUGGUGUGUGUGCCCUCCUACUUGGAGCAAUGGGUUUUCUACUGCAUAUGGAAGAAGUAAAGACCUCUGGACUUUAUCUGCUUGAAUCCCCAGCAGCUGGAAUGUGAAUGCUCCUCCCAUUUCUGCGGUAGCCUUAAAGGUCUGUUCAGACUGAAUGUAACAUGAACAUUAGAGGCGACACAAAAUUGAAUGAAUUAAAAACAAAAAGAGUCUAUGUGGAUAAAUACUUAACAAACUUGUUGCAGUGAGUGCUGUGUGCUAUGUGAGCUCCAGCUGACUGCUAAUAGCUAACAUCUGGACAACAAUCGUCUGUUUUCGGUUAACAAGCAUGGAUUGCAAAACACUCCAGCAGUCAAGUUAAGUGUGAGUGAACCAAGAUGAAAAUUGAAUUUGCAUUCAGUCUGAGCACAUCUUAAGGGGUACAAUGGCGUUUUUAUUAUCCCCUUUCCAUUAACCCCGUUCUGCCCGAAUCUUCCUUCUCUUUGUUCCUGUUUUAGUUGUGUUUACCAUUGUUUGCUACAACUUGACCGUUGUAUUUUGUUUGUUACUUGUUUUGAAUUGUCCAUUUGCAUGUACUCUGCAGGAACUGUUAGCUGUUUAAACAGUGAUUUGAUACACUGAUAAUGUGGUGUAACCCACCUUCUCAUCAGCAGGCGUGUGUUCUCUUGUUUUCCUUAGGUUUUCUAAGGUUCUUUUCUCUUGAGCUAUGAGCUCCUGUUGUGUGAUAGGCCAAUGUAAAGGCUCAGCACAGCUGAACCGAGUUGCUUUUAAGCUCCAUUUUUGUUACUGCCUCUCAAAUGUGAUUGAUUCUUUCAGGUUGUAUCAAGGCAAUGUGAUCAUGCCCAGCGAGACUGAAGUGUUUAAGUCCAAAUGUGUUUUAAAAGGGAAACUAUUCCACCACUUAAAUGCCACCUUUGUGCUUGUGCUGUUUUUAUGUCAUGUUUUAUUAGCACCUUUUGGUUUCUCCAAUAUAUUUAAAGUUUUUUUAAAGACUGUAUUAGGUGCAUGUAAAGGACGGUGAAUGUAGCUUGCAUAUACAGUACACAGCACGUUUACACGUGAUCAACCCUGUGGGACUCAGUUACAUUUAUUUAUUCAAUAUUAUUUCACCAAAUGCUGUUCUGUCCCACUUGAGAUACUUUCUGUGAACUCUACAAUUAAAAGUGUUUUGGGGGAAA